UUCUUCCCAUCCCUUCUUCUCGUCUUCUUCCAUUUCCCUUCAUUUUCAUCGCAUUGUACAGGAUUCCUUCUUCCAUUCCUUUUCCCGCUAUAUCUUUCAAUCCCCAUUCCAUUUCAAUCGCAUUCGCCUCCGCGCUUUUCGAAAUGGGUUCCGAUCUAGAAGCCAGUUCUUCAUCCAGUCUCUUUCAAUCUCCGGCGGUCAAAGAAGAUACGCCUCUUCUCGGCAGCGCCAACCCUCUGUCCUCGCAGCCCAAGACAUUUGCUAAUGUUUUCAUCGCCAUUGUUGGGGCUGGUGUUCUUGGGCUUCCUUACGCCUUCAAACGCACUGGGUGGGUUAUGAGCCUUCUAAUGCUGUUUUCUGUUGCGUUCUUCACUUAUUAUUGUAUGAUGCUCCUUGUUUAUACUCGUCGGAAAAUUGAAUCGGUUGUCGGAUUCUCGAAAAUCAAUUCGUUUGGGGAUUUAGGUUAUACUAUUUGCGGUUCCCCUGGUAGGAUUAUUGUUGAUUUGCUUAUUAUUUUGUCUCAAACUGGAUUCUGUGUUGGCUAUUUGAUUUUCAUUGGUAAUACUAUGGCUGAUGUUUAUAAUUCCCCGACCGCUACGGAUUUGAGUCCUAAGAUUUUGGGAUUAGCGCCCAAGGUUGUGUACGUUUGGGGGUGUCUCCCUUUCCAAUUGGGUUUGAACUCGAUUCCAACCCUCACCCAUUUGGCUCCUUUGAGCAUCUUUGCUGAUGUUGUUGACCUUGGAGCUAUGGUGGUUGUGAUGAUAAAAGACGUGUUGAUUUACUUCAAACAGAGCCCAUCUGUUGAGGCAUUUGGGGGCUUUUCCGUGUUCUUUUACGGAAUGGGUGUGGCUGUGUAUGCCUUUGAAGGGAUUGGAAUGGUGUUGCCAUUAGAAUCCGAGACAAAGAACAAGGAGAAAUUCGGGAGUGUCUUGGGGUUAUCCAUGGCGUUCAUUACUGUUUUAUACGGAGCAUUUGGAACUCUUGGCUAUUUCGCCUUUGGCGAAGAUACCAAAGACAUGAUCACUGGUAACUUAGGGUCUGGAUUAAUUAGCACCAUUGUUAAACUGGGUUUGUGUAUAAACCUGUUCUUCACGUUGCCAUUGAUGAUGAACCCUGUUUAUGAGAUCGUGGAGAGGCGAUUCUGGGGAGGAAGAUAUAGCCUAUGGUUAAGAUGGAUGCUGGUUUUCAUGGUAAGUUUGGUGGCACUUUUGGUGCCGAAUUUUGCUGAUUUCUUGUCUCUGGUUGGAAGCGCUGUGUGCUGUGCAUUGGCGUUUGUUUUGCCUUCUCUGUUUCAUUUCCUGGUGUUCAAGCAGGAAAUGGAUGUGAAAGGAUGGUGUGUGGACAUUGGAAUUCUUGUGUUGGGGGUUGUUCUUGGAGUUUCUGGGACAUGGUCUGCUCUGGUGGUGAUUUUCUCUGUUAAGGAAUGAUUAUAAACACACCAUUAAAGUGUUGAGAAAACUAAACUAGAAGCCGCCUACUCUCCUGAUGAUGAUAUCAAUGGAUGAAGUGUAGCUAAGGUAAGCAAGGUAGAGGGCAAUAAAGUGCUGAACUGUGUACUGUUGUC